AUGCACGCGAAAUUGGCCUUGGCUACGGCCCUUCUCGCGGCCUCGUCGGUCACCGCAUUCCCGAACCGACCGCGAAUGCACUACCCUCGACAAGUCAAGCGACAAGUCUUCAACAAUGGCACCAAUCCUGUCGAUUCCACUGCCACUGAUAGUGUGACGCUGCCGAAUCUCAUUGCCCCGACGACAGACGCCACUACCGGCAUCACCAUCGCGCCUACCGGUAUUGUCGGAACUUCCAGUGAUGCUGUCGCCACCAGCUCGCGGCACAACAACCUGGAUGAUUUGUUGAGCUCACUGAGCUCAGUUCUCAACUCUUCGUCCUCAAGUGAGGAUGCGUCGUCAACACAACCCUCAACCGACUCGUCGGCGGCGGCAACGACCAGUGCGGCAGCAACGACUAGUGCAGCGGCAACCACGAGUGCAGCAGCAACCACAAACCCUGACCCCACAACCACCGCGGCAGGGACGACGACCUCGGCGGCUCAGUCAUCUGACGUCCAAUCCAGCUCUGCCGCACAGCAAUCAUCAGAGCCUGCUCAAACUACUUCCGCGGCUCAGACAUCGGCGCCCCCUGCCACGUCCUCAGCAGGCAAUGGACUCUCAUCGCUUAUCUCGGACAUCGUGGGCCCUAGUAGCUCCGAGCCUGCUCAAACCACUUCUGCAGCGCAGACAUCGCAGCCUCCCGUUGUCAGCAGCUCAGCCGUUCAGACAUCUGAGCCGCCCGCUCCCACUACCACUGCCGCGCAGACAUCCGAUCCUGCUCAAACUACUUCCGCGGCUCAGACAUCGGCGCCCCCUGCUACGUCCUCAGCAGGCAAUGGACUCUCAUCGCUUAUCUCGGACAUCGUGGGCCCUAGUAGCUCCGAGCCUGCUCAAACCACUUCUGCAGCGCAGACAUCGCAGCCUCCCGUUGUCAGCAGCUCAGCCGUUCAGACAUCGGAGCCUCCUGCUCCAACCACGUCGGCUGCGCAGACAUCGGCGCCCCCUGCUUCCUCUUCAGGCAACGGACUUUCAUCGCUUAUCUCGGACAUCGUGGGCCCUAGUAGCACCGAGCCUGCUCAAACCACUUCUGCAGCGCAGCAAUCGUCUGGUGCUGCUACUACUUCCGCAGGCCAGCAGACAUCUGAUGUUGUGACCAGUCAACCAGUGCCAACUUCUUCUUCUGGAAAUAUCAUCUCUGAUAUUCUCUCCACGUUGUCAUCAAUUCCUAGUCUGUCGGAUCUGAUCCCCACUUCGUCAGACAUUAUUCCUACGACUUUGAUUCCUACGUCCACAGGCAUUCUUCCCACCGGUACCGAUUCAAUUUCUAUUCCUACUGGAACCAGCCUGGGCCCAUCUGGUACUGACACCAGCCUGCCGCCAACUGGUAGUGGAACAAGCUUGCCUCCUACUGGAACUGGUUCUAGCCUGCCUCCUACUGGAACUGAUACCAGCUUGCCUCCUAGUGGAACAGGCACUAGCCUUCCUCCUACUGGAACUGACACCAGCCUGCCUCCUACUGGAACUGGUACCAGCUUGCCUCCUACCGGAACUGAUACUAGCUUGCCUCCCACUGGAACUGGUACUAGCCUGCCUCCUACCGGAACUGACACCAGCUUGCCUCCUACUGGAACUGGUACUAGCCUUCCUCCCACUGGAACUGAUACCAGCGCUCCCCCAACUGGCACUGUUACGUCCGGUUCCGCUUCUGGCACUGCAUCUGGUUCUCAGACUCAGCCCACCGCCACAGGAACCGAGGCCUCUGAUUCUGGCACUCAAACGCGUCCAACUGAGACUGGAGACCAAUCUGCAACGGCCACAUCUGGUAUUGUCACUUCUGGUGUGCAAAGCCAGACCGAUGUUCCUACUUCUGUUGCAACCGGCGCUCCCACGACAAGUGAGAGACCACCUGUCACUAGCAUUAGGCCCACCGAGACUGCUUCCAAAUCGGAUGACUGGCUUCCAACAACCAUCGUCGGCGACCCAACUUCAUUCUCAUUCUCGGCACCCUCCGUCAUUCCCACCGGCACCUCCAGCGGCAGUGCGUUCCCCACCAACCUUCCUGCUGUUCUUCUCCCUGAUCAGCAGAAGCCUCAGCCUGAUGGAACCAAACUGAUCGAGGUUGGUUUCUUGUAUGCUCUGAACUAUGAGCACGUGGCCAAGAAUACUGUUGCUGCUGCCCAGAUCUUUUCUUAUCUUCCUCGAGCUCUGUCUAAUGCUGGAGGAUUUCAAAUUGACAAGAUGCAAAUCACGAGACUCGAGCCCCUUGACACUCUUGCCAAGUACGGAUACUGGACCACUAUCGCCAAGUUUUACUAUCCCGAGAAUCUCCUUGACAAGCUUCAGGCCGAUAUCUUUGCGCUUUAUGGUGCUGCCAUGUUCAUUGUCGCCCGCCGUUACAAGCGCAAGAGACAAUCCUCGUCUCACCACCGAUCCAGCUCCGUCACUGGUAGCGACAGGUCUUCAGAGAUGCAGUACGCUGGCAACGGCAGCCCUGCCCUCAUGGGAGGUGCGCUCUUGAGCCGGGACAUGUCGAGUUAUGGUGGGGCAAUAGGCGGUGGUCGAGAGAGCCACGGCAGUGGUCGCAGUGGAAUGGGCAACUCUGCCCGCACUGCCAACAUCUCAGCCCCAGUUGCUGCAGAGAACUCGCUCGGCUGGCGCUGA